CAAGUAAUUGUAUAAAAUGCAGCAAAUCCGUCUGAUUUUCAGCAAAUGCAAUCCAACUGUGAGUUUCAAACAUAGCCUCAUAUGACAUCAUGAAGUACUUGCAAUUAGUCUUGGCGACCGGAGUGUCUGUCUUUGGGAUCAUAUCUGCAGCCUGUGCAGCAACCAGCUUUGAACUUACUGGCGUUGCGACUGAAACGUGUCUGUGCGACUCUACCUAUAUGGGCGCAACCUGCAACGCGCAGACAGAUCCUCUUCCGGACUACAAUUUGUGUCCCAGUUACAAUAAUGCAAUUGAUAAGCCGAGGGAAGUAUUGGUUACUCAAGAGUCCACAACCUUGCAAACGCUUGUCGGAGACAGAGAUGUCUCAUGGACAGUAAAAUGGCCGGCCGGGCUCGAUCGAAUAUUCACCGGGUUCUCCGUGGGCACAUGUCUUAACGGAGCCAACUUAGAGUCUUUCGUUCAAACAAGUGUGCCUGAUUUAAGUGCCAAUCCUGGCUGUUUGGAUGAAAUAACAUUCACAAUGAAACUUACCGAUUUGAGGGGUGCAUGUGGCUUCGAAUAUACCUUGGCCGAUCAUGAAUCUGACCCGGAUAUCAAGUAUGCAAACUAUACAGAGCAAAUAGUCUUCAAAUACCAAGAGCCCACGAUUGUUGCAACGAACAUCGUUACACGAUCGGGUAUGGUAGUGAUUCCAACGAGCAUUCUGGUCCGUAACAGAGUGACAGCUGAAACAGCAGAAGUGAAGGUGUAUUCGCCAUUUGUGAUCGACACAGCUUUAACGGCUCAGGCCAUCAACGAGGGAGCUUCUGCGUCUCAUCUUACUCUCACAUAUGUGCUUAGCAAACCUUAUUCCGUGCUGACGAUGAACCCUGUGUUAGCAAACACAGGCGGCACGCUAAACCAAGCAUUUAUUUGCGAACAACCAAACGGCGGGGGCGCUUGCGGUCUCAGUGCUAACAGUGGCACGUAUAUCGACAUGGAGGAUUGUGUAGCAGAAGACUAUGCUCUAGCUAACAACGGGUGUGCCAAGAUUGCUAAUAUCGAGCUCGUGCACGGACAGUGCACUUUAGAUGGUACAUAUACUAUUACAGAUGUCGUGAUCGAUUGUUACAAAUCUCUACCGGAGGCAGAGUGUCCUAUCAAUCAACAAAACAGAGACACUACAAUUGAGUUCGUGUUAUCUUCCGAUAACUUCUGUGGAGAGAAUGCAGAAGCGGUACUCAUCGAAAGCGCAGUUGCGAUCGAUCAAUUUAUCUUCGUUGACCCGGAGAACAGACAGCGUUUGGACGGUACUUAUGAUAUAGUGGACCUCGUCACCGGUGUAACUACCACUAAACCCUCAGCUGAUACACCUAUCACGGCUAUAGAAUUCGGCCAGUUCGCAUAUGCUCGUGUAGAUUUUAGUAAACUGGAUGUCACCGCAGUGACCAUCAUUUCAAGUCAGGCACGAGAGAGCAAUUUGGAACCCGAGGACGAUUGGGCUGAUACCCUUGGAUCAACUUACCCGAAAGUGACUGGAGCCCUGGUUCCUGACAUUGACUAUACUGCAACCAGAGUUACUAUCGCUGAUCCCAAUCCAUUUGAUGCUGCGACCACAUACGAAGGAGAACUCAGAUGUCCAGAGCUGGGCUUGUGUGUGGUGGACCAGACUUUCUUGAUUCGAUAUUUGAUCUCCGACGCUGUCCAUCCCAAAUUUGCAAACCCAGGCUUGGGCAAAACAACAGGAUUCGAUCUCCGCUUGUUAGUUGACGUUUCAUACGAAACAGACGGAGCAAGUGCCCCCAGUCGUCGUCGUCGUCGCAGACAGACCACCACGGAUGGCAAUACUAGUGUCCAAGAUGACUCAGAUCCUAGUCAAGACGGCCAAGGUCCUGCCAGUAUCACAGCCAGUGGAGAUGUGCAGGGAUCCGAUGACGUUGCCAAUACCAACGCCGCCGGAAACGUAUCAUCUUCCACUAUUGUUUUAAUUGCGAUGACAGGACUGUCUUUGGCCCUGCCCCUUUAGAGGGUGUCGUUGUCAUAAUUUACGUCUGUAUACAAGCACGGCCGUUGCUUACCUUACAGACGAGAGAAACCUUAGAUUAAUAUAAUUCAAUGUGACAUAGUUAAUUAAAUAUUGGUACACACUUCGAGGCGAUCGCUACAAUUCUUUCGCCG